AUGACCAUGACCGCCAUGCCAGAGAGCCUAAAUAGCCCCGUCUCAGGCAAGGCGGUCUUCAUGGAGUUCGGCCCGCCCGGGCAGCAAAUGCCUCCGUCGCCCAUGGCCCACGGGCACUACUCCAUGCACUGUUUACACUCGGCCGGCCACUCGCAGCCGGACAGCUCGUACAGCGCCGCGUCCUCCUUCUCCAGACCGCUGGGCUACCCCUAUGUCAACUCGGUCAGCAGCCACUCGGGCAACCCUUACAUGAGCUCGGUGCAGUCCUACCCCAACAGCACCAGCCUGGCUCAGACUCGGUUAGAGGAGACAGGGACCGAGACGGAGAAAAGCACCGUGGUGGAAGGCGGCGAAGUGCGCUUUAACGGCAAAGGGAAAAAAAUCCGGAAGCCCCGGACGAUUUACUCCAGUUUGCAGUUGCAGGCUUUGAACCGGCGCUUCCAACAGACCCAGUACCUGGCUUUGCCGGAAAGAGCCGAGUUAGCCGCCUCCUUGGGCCUCACCCAGACUCAGGUAGGCAGAGCGGUGCCGUCUCCCCUCCCCAUCCCGGUCCUGGGACGCCCUCCCGUCCCCCAGGCUUGGCGCCUGGCCUGGCCUUUCCCGAUCUGGGCUUCCUUCGGCGAGGAAGCGGCGGAGAG